CAUAAAAGUUCUUACUUGCUCAUAUCUGUGAUUUCUUUACAUCUCUCCUUUCUUCCAACUGUUUGCUUUGUUUGUUCUGUGGUUUGAAGUACACUCUUCUGUGAUGUCUCGCUUUUGUUGUUGAAAUUUCCUAAGCAUUUUCUUUUAUGCAAAAUCAGAUGAAGUACAAAAAACUCAAUGCGUCUUCACAUCAAAUGUUACAAUUAAGUAUUCUUAUUCUUUCAAAGUGACUCAAGUGCACAGAAAAAUUAUCACAGAAGAAAAAGUUGCGGUUGCUAAAAAAGAUGAGGCUCCACCCAAAAGAGGUAUAUAAUUUUUCAGAGCUACAUAAGAAAGCAUUUUUAUCUGGUGAUUUAUAUUUUUUUGCAUAUAAGUGUAUAGCACAAAUUGUUUUGUUGUUGUUUGUUGUCAUUUGCGCAUUUGAGUUAAAGAAUUAUCAGGUCUCUGCUUUUGUGUUUUGUCAUCUGAUAAUGUUUGUAACUAAGUCAAAAUCUUUUCAAACAAACAAAAAUUUUAAAAAUGCCAGCAGUGCCCAAGAAGACUGUGCCAGAAGAGAAAGUUCCUGUUCCGGUUUCACGGAAAGUGGCUGCUCCACCAGCUAAAGGUAUCUAAGUUCUUUUCAAAGUAGAGAAGACUUCUAAAUGUCAGAUAUGUGCAUGUAUCAUACUCAUCAUCUGCCUGGCUAAUAUUCCAUUCUCUAUCAUCUUGAUUAUAAAUGAGAAGGAGCUUUAUAAAUGAGAAAGGAACUUGGUCUUCUCUCUUGCAAAAAAUGCAGUAGAUGAUGGAGAACAGUCACACAUCUGCAUUCCUUGCAUUUUCUAAGCUGCUAGUAACUUCACUGUUUACAAUGGCUGCUUAAGUGCUUUGGAGAGCUAAAUGAAGCAAUUUACUCAGUGAAUAAAUGUGAAUACAUUUAGAAAAAUAAUAUCAAUGUUUUAGAACAUAGUCAAUUUUCAGAGUGGUAGAUUUCGGUCUUAGAAAUAUGUUGCGCUUCUCUGAUCUUGUGUUUGAAAUGUAAUUUUGUCAUGUAUGUUCAGUGUCAUGUGUUUUGUGAUUAAAUUAUGUUUCUGAAGGACCUAGAGAAAUCUUUCAUCUUUAUCUUUGCAUAUUCAUUUUCUGUGUUUAUGCAGUUUGCUUUUUGAUGCAUUUUACACUGUAUGUGAGUCUAAUGUUUUUUGUAUUACUUUAGUAGCUUAUAUUUCUACUGCUACUAAAAUUGUCAGGUGUUUCAAAGGAACUAGCUCUAGGGAAUUUAUUCUUGGAACACCUCCAAAAGAAUAUUCUCCCAAAUACUCAGUGCCUUCCUAGCCACCAUGUAUUAAAAAUUCAGCUGGUCAGUUUCUCUGUGAAUUUAAAUGUCUUUAUGUUUGUGUGUUGUUUUUGUUGUGUUUACUGUAAGUAUUGUUGAUGUGUAGAUCUGUUCUAUUCCCUUGUAAUUAUUUGUCCAUUAUUCUUUUGUGUGGACAUUGUAUGGAAAUACAUUAUUUCUUUAAGAAUUUAGUAUUCUUACAACUACUGUCUUUGAAGUGCCAGAAGAGCCAAAGAAAAUGAUCCAAGAAGAAAGAGUACGUGUUGCUGUUCCAAAAAGAAAAGUGUCACCACCACGAGAAGGUACUCCUGCCCAUGGAUUAAUCUAUGAACAGACUUCCCUAAAGCAAAACCAUGAGAGCUUAAAACCUAACAUGCUGGCACAUUUUUUUAUAGUUCUAGUGCUCCAACAGCAUCCCCCAAGCGACCCUUAAAAGAAUCUUUGUAAUACACUAGAGAUAUUUUCCCCAGUUACUUCGGGUGUGAGAGAUAUCUGGAAAUAAUCAUCACUUUUCUAAGAAACACUUAAUGGGAUAUGUAUUUGUACAUGAUAUUGCGCCAGAAAAGAUAUUAAACUGGACUCUAUCUUUAAAGUACCAACAGAAGAAGAACACUGGGGUAUGUCAGAGGAAGUGUCUGUUUCUCUUCACACAGAGGAGGAGAUUUCAUACACAGUGCCUGAUGUACCAGAAAGGGCUAUCAUUGAAGAAAGAGUACCAAUUUCUCCUCCUAAAAAAAUGCCAAGACCACCAGCCAAAGGUAUACUGAAUGAAGUAUUGAAAUAUGAUAUAAACGUUUUCUGUGUCCUGUAUGUUCCAUGUAUAGUGAGUACCGAUCUGUUUUCUGAGAAUUGUUUGUCCUCUGGUAUUAAUUCUUACUUGCCAUUGCCUUGUGAUCCUUUGUAUUAUUAAGAUGUAUGUGCUAAAUUUUAAAAUUCUUUUAAUUGAUAUCUUUUUAAGUGCCUGAAGUACGCAAGAUGGUUGUCCAAAAAGAAAAGGUGUAUAUUGAAGUUCCUCAGGAUGAGGAGGAAGAAGAGGUUCCACAAUAUGAAGAAGUAACCAAAUAUGAGAAGGAAGUAAUCCAUUAUGAGGAAGAAGUCCAACAUUAUGAAGAAAUUAGUCACUAUGAGGAAGAAGCUCCUCAGUAUGAAGAAGUUCCUCAAUAUGAAGAGGAAGAAGUCACCCAUUAUGAAGAAGAAGCUGCUUAUUAUGAAGAGGAAGUUCCUCAAUAUGAGGAGGAGGAGGCAGAAAUUCCCCAAUAUGAAGAGGAGGCUCCACCACCAGUUAGAGGUAUACUUUAAUAAUAGGACUGUGCAAAAAUGACAAGUAUCUUCUGUUAAUGUAUAAUAGUUUUGUCUUAGUGUGUUCUGAUGUGCUUCACAGAUUGCUCUUUUCCAAGGCUUUUAAGGAUUAGGAUACAGAGUUGAAAGUGUGGUAUAUGCUUACACUUCACUACUUCCACAGAUUUAAGUGUUCCACGUCAUAAAUGUUCUUUACUCUUUCACAUGAAGUCUAUAUAACCAAGACAAUUUAAUUGGACUUUAUUUUGUCCUUGUCAAAUUCCACUGUCAGUCUGUGCUUGAAAUGUUUAGAAUUGCUCGUGAGAAGUGUAACAAAAAACUAUAUUUUUAUCUAGCAAAUGGACAGGGUAAUUGAAAAUAAGUCAUUUAAGAGCACAAGCCUCUGUGAAUUCCUCUCAAAAUUAUUUGAAAAUUCUGUAAUUGUUGUUAGUGUAUUUAUUUAUGGAAACAAAAGUUAUUAAAGUUCUAUUAAAUUGGCAUAUUUCAAUCCCCUUAAUUUUUAGAUAUUUUCCUCAGAAAUCAUGUUUAUGUUGAUAGUAUAAAAUUUCAACGUUGUUAGAACAGAGUGAACAUGUUAUUCACUGUUUAGAGAGGAAAACUAGACCAUGCCAAGAUCUUAGUAAUAAAGUCUUCCUACGUCUUAAUAUAAAGACAUGGACUAUGUCCAGUUUUCCAAUAUGAUGCAAUUGUCUAAGAGUACAGAAAGCAUAUUUUCCAGAUAUGAAUCAAAUCAACCCAUAGUGUUUUUUCCCCAUAAGGAAGUCGAAAAAAAAAUUUUUAACUAACUAAUGAGUAAAAAUUAUAUUUAAAGUUGUUUGCUCUAUAAUUUUAAUAAAUUGAUUAGUACAUUUUUCCUAUUAAAGAAAAGGCCAUGCUGCACACAGCAAAAGUGAGGUUUCUCCUGAGCUGGAAAAUUAGGAUUGGUUAAAAUUUCUCUUGACUAAUCUCAGCAGUUAAAAUUAACCUGUAUGUGCAGCAGUCUUUCUUCAAUACGCUCAGCAAGUCAUCGUUCUCCUCACAUCGACAUAAAACUUACAUGAAUACUUCUGGAUUGUAGAGUACAAUAACUAUUAGUAUACAUUUUAGUUGAAAGUGCAGUUAAAUGGAAAAUUUGUGCUUAUUUCAGCUGAGUCAGGAUUUGAUUUGAUGCCAUUAACCAACAAAUUAUGGUAUGAACUGCUGAGUGCUUGUUAUUUGUCCAGUUCUCUGUUGGAUUUGAAUCAAUUGGUAAACUGUGUCCACUUGCUUUUAGCAUGUUGGUAGCACUUGGAAAAUUUUGAAGAAUAAAAUGUAAUCAGCAAUAUAUAUUUGAUAUAUGUGCAAAACUGAUGCAGUCAGCAUGAUCAAGUAUAGCCUGUUGAAUGUCUUAGAAGUGUUAGGAUCAUAGCUCUAGAAGAAAGUAAGGAGAAAAGUGAAACCCUAAAUAUUAAUACUGCACUUAAAGCAAAUGCUUAUUACAAAGUUUGUUUUCAUCUACUGUUGGCAUUUUCAUUUGUUCCAAAAAAUUGAGGAAAGGGUUGAAUUUGUAUUUUAGUUAGUUUCCCCACCAUUAUCUUUAAUUGGUUCUAAAAAGCCACAUUCUGCCUUUCUCAGUCUUUGGAUCAACAAGUAAAUUCUUGAAUUAAAAAAGAAAAUGUCUUGGUGGCAUCUGUGGAUGAUCAAGGAGGAUAGGCUGAGCAGCAAUUAAUGUGAUCUGUUUUCUGUUUUAUUUUGUCUUUGUGCUCAAAUCAUUUUAAAUUAUAGCUGUUUGUUUUGGGUAUGACUUUGAGAUUUAUUUGUGUUAGGAGUUCUUGCUUGCUUGUUUGUUCCUGUUGUUUUAGAAGUAAAUAUCUAAGACAUUAAUGGUAUCUUUCAAGUGCCUGAGGUGCUCAAGAAGGCUGUUCCAGAGGAAAAAAUACCUGUUCUGAAGAAAAAGGAAGUUCCUCCAGCAAAAGGUAUAUCAUCACUUGAUGUUAGCAGGCAUUCUCUGAAUAUAUAACUUACACCAUGUUGCAGAUGCUUCACUUGGGCAUUAUUUUUUCCUUUCUUUUCUUUUGGGAGGGGGCUCUGUGUUUGAUGUGUUUGCGCUGCUGUUUUCUGCUAUUCUCUGUUUUGAAUAGCUCGUGGGUUAUGUUUUAACCAAAAUAAAUCUUUUGAAGUGCCUGAGGUGCCAAAGAAACCUGAACCUGAAAAGAAAGUCCAGGUGCCAAAGAAGAAGGAAGCUCCCCCACCUAAAGGUAUAGCAACUUACAAUUAUAUGUAAUCAGAAAGGUCUUCUAGACUUCAUUUAUCUUCUCACUUGUAUUAAGCAAGAUGACAGCAAAAGGAUUAUUGGUCUUAAGAACUGUCAUUCUGUGCGUUUGUGUUAAAAUGUUUAGUGUUAUUGGCUUUUAUGUCAUGGUGUUGCAGCUGCUUAUUCCAGGCUCAUUUUACAAUAAUAUCUUUAAAGUUCCUGAAGUGCCAAAGAAACCUGUGCAAGAGGAGAAGGUUCCAAUUCUUGUAAAGAAAAAGAAGGAUCUUCCACCAGCUAAAGUUCCUGAAGUACCAAAGAAACCUGUGCCAGAAGAGAAAGUACUUGUCCCAGUACCUAAAAAAGUGGAAGAACCUCCAUCAGCCAAAGUGCCUGAGGUGCCCAAGAAAGUUCCAGAAAAGAAAGUACCUGUCCCUGUACAUAAAAAGCCAGAGCCUUCACCAGCCAAAGAAGUGCCAGAAAUACCAAGACCUGCUCCUGAAGAGGCACCUACUUUUGUUCCUGAAGAAGAGGAAGAAGAGGAAGCUAUUCCAGAAAUACCAGUAAAAGGUACAACAUUCCUUCCCGAAAAUUACCUGAAAGCUCUGUUCAGUUCAUCAGAUCUUCAUCUCUAGUGAUUAAGCUGGAUGUAAACUUUCAUUAUUCUUUUGAAGGAAGUUUUCUUCAUCUUAUGGUUGUUUGUGACCCUUGUUCUGUAUUUUUUUAGUAGUUGUGAUGUUCUAAAUGUAAUAGAAAAAUUCUUAUCAAAACAAUAUCUUUUAAGUGCCAGAGGUGCCCAAGAGAGCUGUACCAGAAGAAAAAGCACAUGUUGCAGUUCCUAAAGUAAAGAAAAUUCCUCCAGCUAAAGGUAUAUCAUUUUGCAGUGUGUGAAGAUAAUUCUCGUC